UAGAAACCAUAUCAUUUCAAUUCAAUAUUGAAUACACAUAUUCAUUAAGCAUUUCGAAAAAUUGCACAUUAUUUUUAACUAUUUUCACAAAUGGCAAAAACACCAGAAACCGAGCAUCCAAUCAAGGCUUAUGGUUAUGCUGCUCAUGACACUACCGGAACACUUUCUCCUCUCACCUUCUCUAGAAGGGCAACUGGGGAGAAAGAUGUGAGGUUCAAAGUUUUGUAUUGCGGAAUUUGUCACUCUGAUCUUCAUUUUAUCAAGAAUGAAUGGGGCGUUACCCAAUACCCUGUUACCCCCGGGCAUGAGGUUGUAGGUGUGGUGACAGAAGUAGGAAGCAAAGUGGAGAAAUUCAAAAUCGGGGACAAAGUUGGUGUUGGAUGUUUGGUCGGAUCAUGCAGAUCGUGUGCAAAUUGUGCUGAUGAUUACGAACAAUAUUGUCCUAAGCAGGUUGGUACUUACGGUUUCCCGGAUGUUGAUGGCACUCGCACUUACGGAGGGUACUCUGAUCACAUGGUUACAAAUGAACAUUUUGUUCUUCGUUGGCCCGAAAAUUUACCACUUGAUUCUGGUGCACCGUUGCUAUGUGCCGGGAUCACAACUUAUAGUCCUCUCAAACAUUUUGGACUAGAUAAGCCCGGUACGAAAUUGGGUGUGGUUGGGCUUGGUGGGCUUGGACAUGUUGCUGUGAAGAUUGCUAAGGCUUUUGGUGCGGAAGUGACUGUUUUUAGCACCUCCCCUGCUAAAAAAGAAGAAGCGAUUGAAGGACUUAAAGCGGAUCAUUUCAUUAACAGCAAAAACGCACAAGAGAUGCAGGCUGCUACAGGAACACUUGAUGGCAUUCUUGAUACGGUUUCUGGAAAUCAUCCAAUGGCGCCAUUGCUUAACGCACUUAAACCCCACGGAAAACUUGUUCUUGUUGGUAUACCUGAGAAGCCACUUGAAAUAGCUGCAUUUUCUUUGAUUAUGGGAAGGAAGCUUGUUGGUGGUAGUAACAUUGGAGGAAUUAAAGAGACUCAAGAGAUGCUUGAUUUUGCGGCAGAACAUGGCAUAACUUCGGAUGUUGAGAUUAUACCAAUAGACUAUGUGAACACGGCCAUGGAGCGUUUGGUGAAAUCUGAUGUAAGGUAUCGGUUUGUGAUCGAUGUCGCCAAUUCGAUCAAGGCUGAAUAGGGCUAUUCUUUGAGCUUUAGACAUAUAUAUUCUUGCGCUUGCUGGUUUUGUAAGUUUUGUAACAAUGUUGUAAUAGAGGUUUGAGUUGUUGCACUUGUUACUAGAUUUUGGAAUAAAUUUUUUUUUCUUUAA